AUUAGUUAAAUCAAAAGGCACCAUACCCUACUAAGAAAAAAAAUUAGGUAUACGAAUUUGUCUAAUUUUGUUCUUUAAAACUUCAAAUUUGAGGGUUUAUUUUAACGGUUUCGUAUGGUACUGAUGCUUUUUAGAAUGGAGCAUUUGGAUGAUCUUUGCAACAUAGGAGAUGGAAGAGGUAAUAACGGUGCUUCCUGUGCUCCGUCAACUUCGACGGCGGCGAGCUCUGCCUACAAGUUAUUCGGCCGUCAAACCUCUUUCCACCAGAUGAUGGGCGGCGGUAAAGCUGCUGACGUUAUAUUGUGGAGGCGGAGGCGUGUGUCUUUUGGCAUAAUAGUUGCUGCUACAGUCGCAUGGCUCAUCUUUGAGUAUUCCGAGUUACCUUUCUUAUCAGUUUCAUCUGAUGUUUUACUGAUUCUGAUUGUUCUGCUCUUUCUCCGUGCGAACUAUGCCGCCUUCAGGAAGAAACAACUCCCAGCAUUACCAGAACUAGUCUUGUCAGAAGAAAUGGUUAAUAAUGCUGCAGCAUCAUUUCGGGUCAAAAUUAAUUAUAUGCUUCUCAUGGCUCAUGAUAUCACUCUUGGCAAAGAUUUCAAACUCUUCUUCAAGGUAGUUGUUAUUCUCUGGCUUCUAUCUGUCAUAGGAAGCGUAUUAUCUUUCUUCACACUUGCAUAUAUUGAGCUCCAGGGAAGGUAUGCUCUUUCACUUGACUAGCAGUAAAAAGGGAGAUUCUCAGAGCGGAAAACCCAAGAAGAAGUGACAUGUGAAUUUGUGCUACAUGUGCAAAGACUAGGGAAAAUAACUUUAGUAUUUGCUAUUAAACGGUCAGAUCGUAGGCUAGUUAUGAUAGAUUUUGCUGAAACUUUUCAGAAUAUUGUUGUCAAUGGAACCCGUAGUUAUGAAUGUGUUGUUCAAUUAGGCAUUCAGAACUGUUAGGCCACUUGCAGACACCUUGGUUCGGAUAUCUUAAGGUAGAGAUAAGUUUGAUUUCUGUUGAGGCUUAGAUUAUAUCAUAGCUGCUAAAUGCUAAGAAGAUCUCAGGAUUGCACGAAUAAAUCUUGAAGUUUUUUAUGCACUUAUCUGCCUCCCUAUGAAACCUUUGAAUAUCCUUUAAAUGGGGUGAGAAGUAACGAAAUGGAAUUGUAUAUGCUUAAAAAGCAAUGCAUUUCUUUGUCGAAUGAUUUCACUACACUAUUCAGCUAUUUUUACUGGUUUCAUGCCCAUCCUUACUUGUUGAUCCACUGUAAGAAAAUCUGAAGAUCCAAUCCAGAUGAUAUUAUCACAUCCUUAUUGUUCAUCCACUGUGAGCAAUUCUGAUGACCCCAUGUAGAUGAUAUAGUACCACUACAAUAAGCGUCCUAUCUGUUGGUCGGUCCCAUUUCUGCAAAGAAUGUUUUCAUUGCAUUAGUUUGUUUCACAUCAUAUUUCUCAAAGUUCAACAACAAUUUGCAUUUUUUAACUGUGUUUUUCUACACCAUGGUCAGUUUGCAAUUCUGAUGCGGUGUCUAUGUUUUUGCCUUCCCA